CAGAUAAAUUCAGACCAGUUCUCCACCAUGUUUGUCCUUCUACUUCUGCUUCUGCCAGAAGUAAGGGCUGAUGUACCGACACCGUCCAGUCUUCUGAAUCCCAGGAACUUCAAUCAUCAUCCUUUUGAAGCCGUGAAGUUUGUCAAAUCAAGACCUAGCAAAAAUGGCCCAAUUCUCUUCCCGAACGACGCUCCACCACCACCACCAACCCCACUCAUUGUCACAUCGAGACCUCUGAUCGAAUCCAUCGCACGAAGCGAGCUGAACCCCAACAACACCCAAACCGCCCAGUCCCAGUUGAACCACGUGUCGUACGUACCGCAGUACCUGAGACGGGUCAGCAAUUACAAGCCGUAUGCUUACUUGUCUUCUACGCCGGUCUAUCCGUUUGUGUCCACUCCAGCUCCGUUUCCGGAUACCAAGAGAUUCCAAGGAGUGAGGGAUGAUCACUUCUAUACGGAUUAUGAGGAACAGUCGGUUCCACCGCUGUAUAAAGCAGACCCUGUAAAUGAAAAGCAACAGGCUUAUCGGAAACCAGACCGUCCACUUCAGCAACGUUUCAAGACACAGAGUCGCUAUGGUAAACAAGAACAGACACCAGACUACGCGCAUUAUGACGUGAAAGAUCGUGACUCCAGCAAGGACUACCAUCACGGUGACAACUACGCUUUCUCCUACACGGUGAAAGACCGAAAGACAGGGGACGACUUCUCCCAUUCUCAACAGAGUACAGGAUCAGCUACCAACGGCGAGUACAGAGUUCGACUCCCCGACGGCCGCAUGCAGAUCGUCUCGUACACCGCCGACGAAAAUGGCUACAAGGCUGAUGUCAGAUACGAUGGACAUCACGAUAACAGCAUAGACGCACCUGAAACUAGCAGGGAACGGUUCCAGAGCAAACAUCCAAGCGGCGAUACUCGCAUACGCUACAAUGACGCUGACAUACAUAGCCACGAAUUCCCAACAAAUCAAGAAUAUCCAAUCAACGACAGAACUUACACCAAUUACGAAUUGAAACGACCGACAAUCGUCGAGCACAAAGGCCACAACUCCAACCAAGUGUCUGUAAACGAUUUCUCUGAAAACAAUGACUACAUCGACCCCAGUAACGAAGGACCCAAUGAAGCGAAAUCUGGAGGUCUGACAGAGCAUAACAACGAAUACCUAGAACAUUACAUCGAAAGAAAUGCUCUAAGCAACGAGAAAAUAGACAGGGCACACGAUACUGACUAUUUCCACUAUGCCGAAGAAAUACCUUUUUCAAAAGAAAUCAAAGAUUAUUCGUCAGAAUCGAAUGUGGGCUACCAACCGCACAAGAGCAAGUUUUCUGUAUAUGACGACGAUAAAAGCUCUAAAUCUUCAGUUAAGCCAUCUUAUGAAGAACUUAAACGGCUUUUUGUUACAAAUUAUAGACGCAGAGUUCCCGAUUUAACGUCUUUCGUGUCGACUUUGAAGCCGAAUUAUGAGACGACGACGGAAAAAGUUGUUGUAAUUAGUCCGAAAAAGUCUAAUUUGUAUACUAAUAUUAGGGAUAUAGUGUCCGUCACCCCGGCCCCCUUGCCCUAUUCGACUCCUAGUUCAUACUUAGUUUCUACUAUCGCGAAUUUAAAAAGCAAAGUCAAUUUAAUAAGUAGGCCCACACUGUCGAAUCAAUUCAUCGAAAAAAUUAAUAAAUACUUGACUUAUAAAUAGAUGUAUACUUAGUCUAAAAUUGUAAAUAAAUUAUUUUUGUAAAUUAAAUUUAAGUCAUUAUGA